UGCGUUUGCAUAUUUGAUAUAAACGAAUGGUGACAUAAAAAGCUGAAAAAGUAUAUAUUACUCAAAAUAGAAACGCAUUAGUCAUCCAGAAAUAAAAUAUACAAACUUAUUCUGAAUUUAAGAAUCAAAUUGGAACUUGAUGUGUUUAAAUAGUCAUAUUUCUGUAAUAAUAUGAUAAAUCAAUGUAAUAUUAAGCAUUAAAUUUUAAAUUGUUUCCUCAUAUGCCUUGCUAAUGCAACCCUGUAGUAGUGAAAUACGAAUGAGUUCAAAAAGCAUAAUCAAAAGAAAAUUUUGGUGAUAACGCCAAGUAACGUUAAUUGACUUGCAUUUGAAUUUUAUUUGAAUAGGCUAGUAAAACUCGUUUAUUGCAAGUGCAACGUGUAGAAUAUCAAGCUCAUAUUGCACACGAAAGAUAAGCUGAUUUUGACCAGCUAGCUUGUGUCUACAAGCGGCAAUUGUGUUAUUUGACUUGUUGAAGGCUAGUGAGUGCAAUUCUGCUUGUGCAUCUUGCAGUGAGCGGUAGCACAAAUGCUAUUCGGAUUUAAGUAUGACCAAUCCGAAAAUUAAGAAAUCAAAUAAAAAAUCUAGCGAAGCUAUUGUAAAUGUGCAACAUCAACAAAGUAAUGAUGAGACUGGGUUGCUGAAUGUGCUUCACGAUUCUGAAGACGGUGUAGAAUUGAAUUUGGAUGAUUACUCUUUUGGGGCUACAUCCAAUUCUGAGGACAUUGAAGAAGAGGAGGAAGAUGAUGCUAAUUCCUGCUCAUCUUUCAGCCUACAGGAAUGUAUAAAUGAGUUUCGUGCUCGGCGUAUACGGCGUUUGUCCACGCAAAGCCGUGAAGUAACUCAAGUCGACGAAUUAGCGAGUGGAAUUGUACCAGAAAAAGUUGAAGCGAAAACUUUCCCUGAUCCAGCCGAUGCCGAUUUAAUAAGCCAGAACCGUUCAAAUAAAGAAUAUGAGCGCAAGUGUAAGCCCUGUCGUGAUGGUUUUUGUUAUUGUUUUACCAGUGAUAGCGGAGAAGGGGGCGGAGUGUGCAAUGCUGCAACAGCAGGCACACGUGCCGGACACGUGCGGCAAGUAAGACGGCACAGACGUUCGGAUUGUCAUGAGUCCGGUACCUUAAUACCACGGUCGUACGCUAAUCCAGUUGACCACAAAAAUAAUGGACCAGUUAGCUUCAAAAUUCCAGCUGAUAAAGAAGCAAAAGCCUUACCACAAAAACAGCAGCAAGAGAAAACAAAACGAAACUUUACUGCAGAAGCUACUUCUAAUGCAAAUGAACUUACUGCAAUCAAUCGUUUAGAAACCAGUGCGCCAGAUGCACCAUUAAUACAUAUCAUCCAAGAGUUGCAUAACAACUGUGUAAUAUCUGAAGUUCGCGUUAACAAACACAAACUGCAAGCUAGUCGACAACAAAGUCAGAGUUUAAAAACUCCACCAAAAAUCAAAUCAUCGCCAGAGAAAGUUACACGCUCACACAUGACACGAAAUAUGUGUGAGCCUACCGCACCACCAUCAGAUGGUUGGACUGCACCAAAUAAACCAGUUAAAACGAAAAGAGAAACGUUUACUGGUCCAGUUCUAGAUAAAAUAAGUGAAUUUGAUUCAAUCUCCGAUGCAUUCGUAUAUUCAACACCACUUACAAGCAGUUCAAAAACGACUGAUAGCAGUCGACGGCGGCACAAAGGAGGUGGACGUUUGUUGCAGAAGCGUUUGAGUCUAUCAUCAGUGCAUUAUAGGCCACGUCGUUCGUUACAAGCACCACCAAAGCCGCCAAGAACUUAUUUAUGCUUAGAGGAAAAAUCCACUGUGUCUUCUUUAUCCUCCACUUCGCCUUCGUUACGUGAAGCUGAGCGUAUACUCGAUGACUUUUUGAUCAGAAAGGGUGCUAUGGUAAGAGAUGCUGAGAAAAAUGUUGAAAAGAGGUGUGGAAAAGUAGAUAAGGCAUCGCAGGUGGAAAUGGAAAAGGUGUUGUACCCUUCAGAUAGGAGACGCGAGCAUCGUAAAUCUUGCCCAACGAGCUUGACCGAAGUAAAAUCGCGACAACAGCCUAUAUUACCUUCAUGCCCCUCUCUUAGCGAUCUCGAGCGAUCCGCUAUGGAUUCCACUAAGAAAUAUAGUAAUUACGAGAAAAAUAUACGGCGCAUAGCAGAAAAGCCUGUAAAAGAGCUCAGCUUCGGUUGGAAAGAACCGAAGAUCACUGAAAUGCUCAAUUGUGACACGAGCGUUAAGAAGCGACAAUUCAAAUCACAAGCUGUGCAAGCUGAACCACAACAAACGAUUGGUUGGCAAGUGCCGCCAAAAGUCGAUCUCGACACUGUCGAUGGUGUAUGCUCAAAUUUGGCUGCGAAUAUUGCCAUUAAAGACACUCCUGUCAAAUCGCCACACAUUUCUACGCCAAAGCGCGCACGCGAAUCACAAAAGUUCAUUUGGAGUGAACAAUGGCGUAACCUCUCACCAUGGUGUAAUAAACAAUCGAAAAGUGGUGAUCGUACUUUAAAAAGUAACUUGAAAUCAUCAUCACGCGGUCUUUUGAACAGUUCGAAGAAGAAAAUUCUCCGUUUGGUUACGCCCAAACGUGAUAAUUUACAACCCCGUAGGAAGUAUUCAUCUCACAGUAUUGGCAUACAAACAUCGCAAGAUGAACUGCAGCCAUACGAACCCAGCAUUACCCCACAAUCACCACCAGGCAGCUAUCAUUCUGCAGUUCAAACGUCAACGCAAACUACAACGCCUACCUGUUCGCAGAAUACCAAUGAUACGGAACCACAAAGUUUUGAUUUCUCGCGCACAGUUCGAGCGCCACCCAAAAAGGCUCCACGUGCGACUACACAGCGUAAAUUGAAUUUUCCACUUGGUGGUUGUGCCGAAGUGAGCUGUACUUCCUGUGAAGGCGGCAACCUUAGUACGUCUAUGAAGACGAAAACUUAUCGUUCGUAUCAUGGCGAUUUGGAUCAGGACGUGACGCUUUCCAAGUUGGGUUAUAUACUCGGGAAUAUACGUGCGAAGUUGGAGGCUAGUGAUGAGCAUGCGGUGCGCACUUUCGAGGAAAUAGAACGGAGAGAACAACGCGCAGUUGGCUUUGACUGCACUGAUGGGCACCGACGUCGACCGGAAGCGCAUUCAGCAGCAAGACGUUGUUCAGUAAAAAGCAACAUUUACCAGCAGGAACCCAUCUAUUCAGAAAUUGAAGAAGACAGCAUACAUAUAACAGGCACACCACAAUAUGACAAUACAACUAGUGCCAAGGAAUUGCCAAUUAAGCCGGAUGUGGAAGUGCUAUAUGCCAAAGUUAAUAAGGCUAAUAAAAAGCACAAAUCUCAGUUACCGCCAACAGCACCUAUUGCUUUGGGAAAACUACUACAUGAUUCACUGCGCAAUUUAAACACAACUUCAUAUGCCAAUCAAUUGCCAACGCUACAGGAACUAUCAACUAGCGACACAUCGUACAUGUCGCCGCCACAACCACAUCAGACUUCCUCAGACACCUCGAUGACACUAUCGCAUUGUCAGUCGCUCAAUAAUGUGCGCAUGCAGGAGCAUCAUUCACCACCGAAACGAGAUCGGAACCUAAGCAAAUCGGAUCUCUCACUGCAUCGUAGUGAAAUCUUUUUAGACAAUCUUUGCCGAAGCGAACUUGUAGCGGAACAUGGCAAUGGAGAGCCCGCUGAGAAGUUGAUGAAUAAUCUUCUAAACAAAUCUGGCAGUUCAUUGCGUUCCGAAUCCAUGAACCAAAUAAAUACUUAUCGGCAUUUCUCAACCUCAACGCCAACUCCAAAUGAUUCCAUCUCCUAUGACACGCCAAAUGAUGCGGAUUUUGAUAAUAUUUCUCAGGCAGCUGCUAGUCAAUUAGGUUUAAGCUUGGCUAGCGAGUCGAUGACUUCGUGUGCACAAAACUCACCGAAAAAGCAAUUUGCACCCAAAUUUACGACUAAGUCACAAUUAAGCACACAGCGCUCAUCCAGUAACAACCCAUCCACCGAUAUUGCCUUUACAUCGCCUUCAAGUUGCCUUCAGCAGAGCAGUAGCUGCCCUGCUACACCAAGAAAAGUACAAUUAGACUCGCCAGCAAGAAUAACACACACCUCUAGUCUUAAUGAAAUCCAACAAAUACCGGAGGAUGAUCAAGAAAGUGUUGAGGGAGUACUGCGAAAACAUUCUACGCCAAAUACCAGCGCUUAUGGUGAUUUACCAAUGAACGCUCAGAGCUGUAUUGAAACGCCUGCGAAUAGCAAUAACUUUGCAAAAUAUCAACGUUUAAAAAACGCUUUACGAAAAUCAUUCAAACGUAGCACGAAAUUCGUUAAGAAUGAGACACGUCGCUUGUCCAGCUCCUUUAGCUUUCCCACGCCGAAUAUUGUUUUGUCGAAAACCUUAAACACGCACAACCAAACCGAUCCACAGCUGCAUAGCGCGUCCUCCACAUACGAUCUCGAUACACUGUUCACCUUGAAUGAGCAAGCGCCAGUGGUAGAGCAACUAGCGCAAGCGGUGACUAUAUGCCGACAACUGCCGGAUGUGGAGAUUUCACCCGAAAUGGUUGAGGCUGAACGUUUACUACUUUUCUCGCGUCUGCGGCGCGAUGUGUGGCCACAGCGGACGCUGGCGGCGACCACAACAGCAGCGGCAACACGCGCGGCAGAACAGCACACACAGCGUUUCUACAUAGACGGCAUGCAUUUGCCCGUCAAAGUGGAUGUCAAUCAGGAUUUCUUCUUCAAUUAUUUCUACAUAGUUACCUUUGAGUGUGGCGGCGUCAUUAAAUCCACACAAUCGGCGGAGUGUCACAAUGGAGAAGCCGUAUUUAGUGAAUGUGGCAUUGAAUUCACUAGCGGCUUGUUGGAGGAGGAUGCCGUGGUGCGUUGCGACGUCUUCAUGCUACGCUUGCGCAAAGUCUCGACGCUGUCGCUGGAACCGAAGCGCCCUGUAGUGAAACUCCCGACCGCACGCCCACCCGGCACCGGAUCUUCCUCUUCGUCCGCGGAUGAAAUCGUCUCACGCUUUCGUCUACACGCCAGCUUCUCUUUGAACGCACGCAAUUUUGUGCCUUACGAAUAUGUGGAAUGUGAAACGAAGAAUGCAAAUAAACUCUGUCUGCGCGCCAGCACACAAAAUUGCCUGCUACCGCUGACAGCGCGCACAAAGUCGACAAAUCUUUGCACGGAAAUCCAAUUAAGCGGUCGUGCCGAGAUACGUUUCCCAAAACACAGCUACAGCGGCUUCUUAAACGUGCAAGAUCCACAUACGCUACACAAUUGGAAUCGUCGCUGGUGCAGCCUAGACGGUCUGCACUUACACGUUUGGUCGGAUGAGAAUCAAAUGGACGACAAACUGCUUCUGACGCUGGAUCUGCGCUCAAAUGCGCAGUCCAUGCCACUGCAGCCGGCAUCCCGUGAGCUUUGUGCACGCGCACGCGCUUUCUGCUUGCAGUGUGCGCUUCAAAAAGCUGGUGAAGCGGUCGACACUGCGUCGGUCUUCUUCGCCGCCGAUACGCAAGAGCAGCUGGACGCGUGGCUGGCGCAAUUAAACGAAGUGCUGGCGUUCGUGCAGAAGUGGCUUAAAGUUAACAAUUGAAGCGGAUUGUGUUUGCGCAUGGAUUAUAUUUGUUAGUUGUCACUUUUUUUGUUAUUACUGCUGAUAAAUCAUUUGUUGGGGUGUUUAGUGUAGGCUUAUAAAAUUUUAGUAGCUAUAUGUAUAAGCAUAUUGAAGCCUGCUACAGUUAAAUAUAGUUCAUAUAUAUAUUUUUUUUAAAGGGAUCUGUUCAAUAUGGUGUGGUGAAUUGGGUGAACGAGGGUUUUCUUUACGCCAAUGAGUGUAAUGUUUUCAUAUGUUUUAAAAUUCUUAGUAAUUUUUUGUGAACUCUCUUUAGUUUUAAAACUUGUUCUCUUGAAUUACUUUCCUCGCAUAAAUAAACUCACCACAGCUCUAUGGGGUAGACGACAAUUUUAUAUUUAUUAUAGUUUUGUUUCUGUUGAUAUAAGUUAUUUAAAGGUUACAUUAACUUUAGGUACAGGGUUUACAGGAUUCACAAAUAAAUUUACAAAUUUUUUUUAUUCAACAUAUUUUUUUAAAUUAAAAUUUUUUUUUUAAUUCAAAAUAUUUUUUUUUAAUUCAAAAUAUUUUUUUUUUAAUUCAAAAUAUUUUUUUUUAAUUCAAAAUAUUUUUUUUUUAAUUCAAAAUAUUUAAUGCUUACAAAUUAAAAGAAGAAAUGAAUUCCAAAGCCACCGAAACGCAGACGAAGUGUGUAGACUCUUUUGUUUAGGUAGGUUUAGUGCACAAUUUGCUUGCCACGACGGAGCAGAGACCACAGGCAAUUUACGCUAGCUGUCAUAUAGUUGAUUACAGCGAUAAGAGUGCGUUUGAAUAAUUGUUUGGUUUAGUUUUAGUAACUAAAAAUAAUUACAUCUCCAUUGCCAUACAUGCCUAUUUAUAUUUCAUACAUUUCGCUUACUAUACAUUCCAUUUUGUUGUUUUAAGUGCGUUUAUUUUUUCUCAACUAACGGUAUUGUGCUUUUUUUCUAUAUAAAUAACUUUAGUAUUUAGUUUAUUUUGUAUUUUGUAUUUAUGUUACGAUAUUGAAGAACUUGUU